CUCCUAUGAUGUGGAGGUGGAGGUCAUUGUUCCCAAGGCCAUAUGACUGGACUAGUAAUUCAAGAAGAAUGACAUCACCUUUGCCAAGAUUAAAGUCACGUGGUGGAAAUGAAGUGAAUAUAUUUCUGUAUGGUUGUAUAUAAAGACAAACAUUUCGUUUUCUGUAUCACUUGCAAAUUUUUGUUCCUUGCAGUGCUUUCACGCAUCACCAUGAACUCCGCAGUCAUAUCCAUUUCGUUCACAAUGGUGGUGAUGCUGACGUUUAUGAGAAUGGCCACAUCUCGUUCCCUCGUCAAGGAAGAUUACUACAAGUCGAAGCGAGGUCUUACACCCGGGAUCGCUGGGUACGGUCCGGUUUCACCAGAUACACCUGCAGUUCCUCCGUACACUGCAGCUGGUGCAUCCGCUGUCUCCGUACCCCUGACUCCAGCUGCAGCUCCGCUUUCGCCCGUUGACUCGUUCUAUACUGCUGCAAUCAGACCUGUGUAUCUGACAGCCUACGCUCCUGCAGUUGCGUCGCCCUACGUGCCUGCGGCCUUCGCACCUGCAGUUGCGUCGCCCCACGUGCCUGCGGCCUUCGCACCUGCAGUUGCGUCACCCUACGUGCCUGCGGCCCCGUCUUAUGUACCAGCAGCUCCAGCUGAGUAUGCUCCGGCCGCUGCUAAGGCCCCGCUGGGAUUCAGCAUCUAUGGAUAACGACCACAGUUUCUCUCCAUAGUUGUAAAAAUUACCGAAAGCUUUGCCAUUGAAAGGACAUUUUUUCCAGCAGCUGGGGCAUGAAGCUGCCCACUGACCACCGUCUCGUGCAGAAGUUAAGGAUGCAUGAAGCUUUACGUCCACUUCCCCAUACAGCAUUGUGGGGUAUGAUCACAAAUUCUGAAUGAAGUUAGUGUGAAAAAUUUAAAUGAUAGAAGAAACAUUUCGGGUCUUUUAACAUGUUAACACCUGACUGCAUUAUCUACAGACAAUAGGACCUGUGCCAUCUGUUGUCAAGAUGGCUAACCCAUCUAUAAAGGGAAGCCUAACUAACCUGUCUUACUUGACCCUAUAGUGCGUAGCUUGCCGCAGUGUAAUGGAAGGUGGCCUUGUCAUCAGGUGUCGUAACUUUUGUAAACCUCGAGUCACUUCUUGUACGGCUAUCUUAUAUUUUCUCACACAUGGAACAGAAAGUGGUUACCCCGGCGUGGUUGUAUUAAUAUUGUCACGUACCUGUUUACGUGGCUAGUAAUUAAUGGCUUCUGGAUUAGAUGCAUCUAUUUAUUGAGCACUCAUCAGUCGUAACUACAAAUAAUUAUACCACUUUAAAUGAUUACUGGCACAAUAACACAUAAAGUCUUCAACACUUCAACACUUGGAUGCUCCUGGAACGAAUUCGGUGAUUCAAGUCUGUACGAAGCCAAGUCAAAAUCCAUAAUUCCACAAUCACGCAAUUAAUUCAUUAUGAGUCUGUGUCUUAUAUUACGACGGACGGUCAGUCGGCCAGUCUGUCUUGGAAUAAAGUACCCAUUUUGGGCUUACGGCUAGAUUUUUAUUACUGUCAGACUGUUGAGGUUUUGUUGAUGUGGGGCGCUCUCUCUGACGGGAGGACGGGCGUGUCGUUUACAAUUGCUGCUGGUCCUCGCCAGCGAACCGUGUAGAAGACACCUCUUUCAACAGUAAAGUUAUUGCGUUCUUAGCCGUUACUGUGCUUUGAACGGUUCAUUGCCUUGGAUAUUCGCUUUCAAUCAGUUAAAAUUACACUGCGUGUAUCAAAACCCUAGUAAAUGAAUUCAUAUAGUUGCCUGUGUUACCCAAGAAAUAUGUUUAUCUAGCCGUUGCCUAGCUAUACAUGUUACAAUAUGAAACAUUACAAAUGACAACCAUUCUGAUCUACGAUACCUUCAAAAGGAAGAAAAUAUUUGGCGGAACAUUAUUUUGGUCUUUGUAGAAGAGAUAAAAUUUCGCGUGUAAACUGUUAAAAUAUUUCUGUACGUUUUGUGAUAUGUGUACAUAUUUUAUACAGUUUCACUGUACAUUUACUUGCUAUUAAAUGUUAGAUUUUGUGAA